AUGCUUGAAAGGUUCAUUGAGCAGAAAAAAGCUAUUACAUUGUAUUGCAUUACCAAAAAUCAAACAAAUGCAAAAAAUCCUACGGAAAAUCAAUGGCAACUUGCUGAAAUGCUUGUAUGCAUAUUAAAACACUUCGAAAGUACUACAAAAGACAUGAGUAAAGAAACUGCAUGUAUAUCAGAGAUUAUACCAUUUAUCUAUGCAAUGGAAAAGUUUCUAGACUACGCUUGUGACACGGCAACUGAAAUAAAAACUGUUGUUGAUGAACUUAAGAAAGAUUUUAACUGUCGUUUUCAAAAAUACAAGGAUAAUGUUGAUUUAAAAAUCGCGAUGAUGCUUGAUCCUCGUUUCAAGUUAAAGUUUGUUGAAGACAAAAAUCAUAAUAUGUUUAAAGAAAUACUCCAUUUAGAGUUCUACCGUUUUUGUUCCAAAUCUCAUUUAGAACAAGUAAAAGAAAUUGAAUUUGGUGUAGCAAGAGGUAGUGGAUCAGACUCAGAAGAAUCAUUAAGUUCAUUUUCAGAAUCUAAAAUUCAUGAGUCCAACUCAGAUUUUGAUGGCCAUGGCUCUCCAUUAAAAAAAAAACAACUAAUGAGCAUGAACAUAUAUAGCUUGUUCCACCAAAUCGGUGCAAAUGAGUAUGCUCUACAAAAUUCAGAAAAUUCUGACGGACGGAGAAAAAAGAAAAAAAACACUAGUUCAAUGGGAAAAACUCUAACUGUCAAAGAAAAAUGCACCGAUGAAGUCAACUUCUACUUGAGCCUUCCAAUACUGCCAAAGAAUGAAUGCCCUUAUAAGUGGUGGAGUGCAUACCGUUACACUUCCUCUGAUAAAGAUACUUACAAGUUGAAUUUGUCAAAGUUUUCAAAGAAAGUUUUGUGCGCGCCUCCUUCAUUUGUAAAAAGUGAACGCUUAUUUAGCACAUCUGGAAACAUAUUUGAAGCAAAAAGAAACAGACUAUUACCCGAACAUGGAGAACAGAUUGCAUUUUUAAAUUGUAAUAUGCCUGCUUUCAUUGAACAAAUUUUUAUUAACUAA